AUGGGCCUCGCUUUGAACGAACAGACUAUUCUGCGAAGCGUGCAUAACGUCUCUUCGUCCGAAGCGGUUGCCGUUUGCGACUUGAAAGGUAAAUCGUUGACGGCCAUCGCUUUAUCGACGAACGCCGCCGUCCAGUUUCCAAAUCUGUUGCGCUUAGACUUGAGCGAUAACGCGAUUAAUAACAUUGAAAAUCUGAAACAUUUGAAACAAUUGAAGUGGUUAAACCUUUCGAAUAAUCGGUUAGAAUCGAACGGUUUGGAACCUUUGAGCAGAUGCUGCGAAACUAUUCGCGUGUUGAAUGUCUCUGGAAACCGAUUGAGCAGUUUUGAAGGCGUGUUGGACGCGCCUUUGACGAGAAGUUUGUUAGCGCUGAUUGCCUCGGACAACGCGCUCACGGAGGAGUGCCUGAACGCGGUGAAAAAUUGUAGAGAGUUGAACUCGUUGAUCGUAUCGAACAACUCCAUUGAGAGUCUCAAACACGAGCUUCUUCCGCUUCGCAAGCUUGGAAAAUUUUCGGCGUCGAACAGCGGUAUGCAAAACAUAGGUAAUGACAGCUUCUCUCAAAACACAGAUUUACGAGAACUUCGAUUAGCGAAGAACAAGCUCACGGGUCUGCCGUCGGGAUUGGGUAAAAAUAUCAAUUUACGCGUGCUCGAUUGCUCUCACAAUCAAAUAAAAACCUUUGCCGAAGUGCAAGUGUUGGCGAAACUUCCAAAAUUGACGCAUUUGAGUUUGCGAGGCAAUCCGAUUGCCAUUCUCGAUGGCAAAGCGUACGUAGAUAAUAUCAAGGCAAUGUGUCCUCGACUGCGAACUUUAGACGGGCAUCCUUUGGACAAGAGCCAUCCAGCGUUGCAAGGUGAUGAUGAUGAUGACGACGAUGAUGAUAAUGAUGAAAAGAACACUAAAAACAAGACAAAGCCGACGUUUGGAUUAAAGCGAACGACUGGCGACGACGACGACGACGACGACGACGACGACGACGAGGCAGCAAAAGAAGAAGCGCGUCCGUCGAGUAAGAAAAGAAGGGGCAAACGAGGCAAAAAGAAAAAAGAAGAGAAUAAAAACGAGAAAAGCUUUCUCGAAACAGUAGUGAAUGGUGAAGAUAUCGACGGCGGUGGUAACAAGCACGAUAGCGACGAAGAUGGCGAGGAAGACGACAACGACAAGAACGCAUGGACAGGUGAAGACGGUGACCUGAAUAGCAAUAAAAAGAAAAUAAUAGUUUUAGGAAAGGAGCUGGAAAAGCAAAAACCGUUGAGCGAUAAAGAGUUUGACGAAAAGCUGGAAAAAGAUCGAUUAAAGCAAGCUGGCGUGGUAAAAGUCGAGGAAGUGAAAGUGCACAGACACAAAAACAAAAUCUUUGGAUCAGAGGUAUUUAAGAAGCUCGGCAACGAGGAAAAGAAAAGCGCAUGGGACGACGACGACGACGACGACGGCGAAAAGGGAAAGAGAUGCUCGUGGCAGUAA